UGUUUCAUGUGUGGUGGCUGUGGUCAUGGCCACUGGGAAUGUUCAAAUAAGUAUGCCAUACCAUAUGAAGAGUGGGCCAUGAUUCAUGAGGAGGAAAAGAAAAGCUCAUGUGACCAAUUUGUCAAUGAGGAAGACGUCUUUGAUAUUCCUGUCAAAGAUGAAGAUGACGUCUUCGUAGAAGAACCGGCUUCUAAUGCUCAGGAAGAAUCACACUAUAAUGAUUCUUUCCUUAUUCAUGAUGACUUCGUUGAUGAGUGUGAUGCUAUUUUAACCAAAUUUCCUAAUGAAAUAUCUCUAAAGUUGGCUACUUUUGAGUGCGUGUUAGGAGUCUAAUUUUAUACAUUAGUAGUGAUUAUUAAUGUGUAAAAGAAGAUAAAAGCCCCAAGUUAAGAUAAGAGUGUGUCAUAUCUCUUAACACCAACUUGGUUUAUCCCUU